GCAAUCUAGAUAUUUCUUGCGCGAUGUUCGCGUAUAAAUGAAUUGCUUUAUCGCUGGUGGCCAGUUACUCCAGAACAUCCACUCGAACCAGCACAACAGCAGAACAUAGAUUGGGUGAUUUUAGGUUUUUGAUUGCGGAAAUUUUUGAGGAUUUUUUUUUGCCAGUGUGAAACAAAAUGAUCAAGUACCUUGUUGCAGUGUGCAUCCUUGGGGGGAUGCAGUUGGUGAACGCCCAGACGAAUCCCUGCGAAGGAAAGGCCAGUGGUUUUGUGGCUCAUCCUGUGGACUGUACCCGGUACUUCUCAUGUGUCAACAAUGUCGCCUACGAACGUCAGUGUCCCACAGUGUAUCCGAUUUUCAGAGCUGAUACGCAGAUGUGUGACUCGGGAAAUCCAGCAGAGUGUGUCACUUGUCCUCCGGUGGGCAUCCAACGGUUCCCAAUAACUGGAUCUUGUACGCGAUUCGUGCUAUGCCUGAAUGGAGCUCAACAUUUCAGCGAAUGUCAGAAUGGGUUGGUGUUCGAUGCUACCUUAAGCCAGUGUAACCUUCCGGAAAAUGCUCCGGUAUGCCUGGAUGUGCAGUGUCCCACCGUGGAUGAUCCCACCAAUCCGGUGUUUAUCCGUCAUCCCACAAACUGUGCGAUCUACUUUAUCUGCUUGGCUGGUAGUCCCAUUGAACAGAAUUGUCCAACGGGAACCGCAUUCAACACAGUCACAAACGUUUGCGAUAGGGAAACCAGUGUCACGUGCCCGGCAUCUUGGCUACCCAAGGCCAGUUCCCUUAUCCUAGCUCCCGAAAAAACUGCGAAAGCCAACGAUCGGUGCGCUGGUAGAUCGGGCAUUUCCUAUCUCCCAGAUCCGGACAAUUGUUCGCGUUACUACAUGUGCCUGAACGGCAAAGAAUUUAAUGCAGCGUGCAGCUCUGGCUUGAUUUUCGACACCAUAAGCUCAAAGUGUAGUAAACCGGAAGAGUCCACCUGCGUGCGUGACAAUCCCUGCUCAAACGCCGUCGGCGUUGAGUACAAACCCCACCAGACCGACUGUAAUGCGUACUACAUGUGCAUGGGCCAAUCGUUGUUCAAGCUUACCUGCUCCCCUGGAAACAGCUUCGACGUAACCACCCGAAAGUGUCAAUCCCAAGCGAGAGCCACCUGCUACGGGCAGACCCCCCAGAACAACCUUGUCUGCGUAGGCAUUUCCGGAGUCGGUUCCGUACCCGAUCCUAAUGAUUGCACCCGUUACUACUUGUGCAUUAACGGCCAAGGACACGCCCAACAGUGUGUCCCCGGGCUGAUCUUUGACGUCGUAACAUCCCAGUGCAACCGUCCGGAGGUUUCCGUCUGCGUCAAUGAAGUAGUUUCCCCUCCAACCGCUGCACCAGCCGUCCAGAUCCCACCAGUAACGCCUCCACCCUACGUUCCGGCACCGAUUCCUGCUCCGAUGCCCGCUCCGAUCCCGGCACCCGUCCCCGUUCCCUCGUAUCCCGGCACACCGUACUGCACCCCCGGUCAAGAAUACUAUCGCUCGCAUCCGGACUGCCGGAAGUUUUACUGGUGCGUCUAUGGAACGUUGCACGAGAAGAACUGCCCGCCCAACCAGCAUUGGAACCCGGAGCGCGAGUACUGUGACUACGUGUGGAACGCCAGGUGCUCGGCCUACUAUCGGAAAUCCAACUGUACACCACCUUUGAUUUAUCAAGAUUUGCGACUUAAAGCUCGUAUUAAACGCCGCUAUUGCUUUAUUCAGUUUCAUUCGUCAAAAUCAAGUCGAAGGUUAACAAUGAAAACCAUCGUGAGCCUUGCGAUCCUCGUGGCCUUCGUAGCCACGGCCAGCGCAAAUCGCUGUGCUAACGAACCGGAAGGAACCGUGCUACCAUCGCGAGAGUGUCAAUUCUACGUGCUGUGCCAGGGAGGUCGUGAACACCAAGUACGCUGCCAACCCAUGGGAACGUUCUUCGACGUGCGUCGGUUCGAGUGCGACAGUCGUCCGAAUGUCGAGUGCUGGGAUGGUGGAGAUAUUUCGACCACCGAACGUCCUGGAAAUGAAACAUCGACACCAAUCCCUUCAAGGAAUCGCUGCACUGAUCUUCCAGAUGAUACCUUGUUCCCAUCGUUGAACGAUUGUUCCUACUUCGUGACCUGCCAGGAUGGUUUGGAGAUGGAGCUGGAGUGUCGCCCAGAGGGAACGAAGUUCGAUCACGUUCGCGAAGUCUGCGAUCACCCGGAGAAUGUCGAGUGCUACAACCCAGAUCGCUGUGAGCUAGAGGAGGACGGAAGCAUAAUUCCCUCUGAAACUUGCACGAACUUCCACAUCUGCCGCAACGGAGUUAAGAGUGACGAAAUCACCUGUGUCCCCGAAGGAACCCUCUUCGACUAUAAUCGUAGAGUGUGCGACCAUCCGGAGAACGUGGUCUGCUGGGGAGACGAGGCAGAAGUUACGGAACCGACCACGGAAGGAUCUGGAACCACUUUGGAACCAACGCGCCCGCCAGUUCCCGAAGACAUCCCGAGUGACAUUUGCCGAGGAAUUGUGAUCGAUAUCCUGCCUCACCCCGGCGAUUGUACCCAGUUUGUGGUGUGCGUUCUUGGACAACCCUCGGUGGACAGCUGCCCACCGGAUUUCAUCUUCUAUCCGCAGAUUGGAGUGUGCGGCUAUGGAAACACUGAAACAUGCGACAUUGAUCCUCGCUGGCUGGAAGACUAUCUUAGGGAGCAGGAGCGUCUUGAGGCUUUGGCAAUGAUCAGUGCUCUCCCGAGAUCAACGAACCGUUGUGCGAACGAACCAAGUGGAACUAUCCUGCCAUCCCUUCAGUGCCAGUUCUACGUCGUCUGUCAGAAUGGUCAAGAACACCAAGUGCGCUGCCAACCCAUGGGAACCUUCUUCGACGUUAACCGCAUGGUCUGCGACAGCCGUCCAAGUGUCACCUGCUGGGAUGGAGUGGUCACUACGACGACGACCACCACCACUACGACUGAGGCUCCGGUGACCACCGAGGAAUCAACCACUGUCGAACCGACUACCGAAGUAACCGAAACCACCGCUGAAGAAAUCGUUACUGAAGAAGCCACCACCGAGGAAAUCAUUACGGAAGAAGCCACCACUGAGGAAGUCCCGGAGGAAACCACCGUGGAGGAAAUCGUCACGGAGGAAUCUACCACCGGUGAACCUGCCACGACUGCUGCUCCACCAAACUUUACCGAAAUGUGCCGCGGGGUCGUCGUUGACAUUUUGCCCCACCCAACGGAUUGUACGCAGUUUGUGGUCUGCGUUAUGGGCCGUUAUCAGCUGGAGCAGUGCGAUGAGGGUCAAAUUUUCUACCCGAUGGUGCGCUGUAAUAUGAAACUCCUCGUGUGCUUCCUUGCGUUGGCCUUCGUGGCCACGGUUAGUGCCGUGCCAAGAUCAACUGACCGCUGUGCGGACGUACCGAACGGAACCGUCUUGCCGUCAGUCCAGUGUCAGUACUUUGUCGUUUGCCGAAGAGGAUUUGAGCACCAAGUGCGAUGCACUCCCAUGGGAACCUUCUUCGAUGUCAACCGGAUGGUGUGCGAUAGUCAGUCGGAUGUCACGUGCUGGGAUGGAGAAGAGGCAACAACGGAAGGAUCGGAGACCACCGAGGGAACCACUACCGAUUCCAAGUCCUCGUCGGAAGAAACUUCGGAAGAAACGUCGGAGGAAUCAAAAUCUUCUUCUUCAUCAUCGUCAUCAUCUUCUUCUUCAUCAUCUUCUUCCUCUUCUUCCUCUUCUUCAUCGUCUUCGGAAGAGUCAGAUGAAACCUUCUCCCACGUUCAGCAAAUCGCUGCCGCGCCGAAAUCAACUAACCGUUGUAAGGAUGUCGCGAGUGGAACCAUCAUGCCAUCCCUCGAUUGCCAGUUCUACGUCGUCUGCCAGCAGGGUCGAGAAAUGAAGGUGCGCUGUCAACCCAUGGGAACCUUCUUCGACGUCAACCGCCAGGUUUGCGACAAACGCCCAAGAGUCACCUGCUGGGAUGGGUCUGAGUCAUCCGAGAGUACGGAGGAGACAACCGUUGCGGAGCAAACUACCACUGAAGAUGCUACGACGACGGCAGCUUCGAAGGAAUCAUCCAAGGAGUCCUCCAAGGAAUCGUCCAAGGAAUCGUCCAAGGAAUCGUCUAAGGAGUCAUCUAAGGAAUCUUCCAAGGAAUCUUCCAAGGAAACAUCUGGAGAAAACUCGGACGAAACUACUACGACUGGCACCGAUGAGACAACUUCAGAGUCUGCCCAAACCGAAAUCGUUACGGAGGAGGCAACCACCGGGGAACCUGCCACGACUGAGGUGGCCACGACUGAGGUAGCCACGACUGAGGUAGCCACGACUGCCGCCCCGCCAACCGUUGCCGAGUUGUGCCGUGGUAUCGUAAUAGAUAUUCUGCCUCACCCAACGAACCCCAAGCAGUUUGUGAUCUGUGUCAUGGGCCGUUUCCAGGUGCAGCAGUGCAACGAAGUGCCACAAUCAUUCAACAUGAAAUACACUCUGCUGCUCAUUGCGCUGGCCUGUUUGGCUACGGCCAAUGCCAUGCCAAGAUCAUGGGAUGGCGAGGAGACCGAAAUCACCGGUUUUAAAAAGGGCAGUUCUUCCGAGGAGUCAUCGGAGGAGUCUUCAAGCUCGUCAGAGGAAAACUCCUCAGAAGAAAACUCAUCUGGCAAAACCACAACCACAAGCGCUACCUCCGCUACGGAGGAACAGGAGUCUACCACCGGUGAACCGACCACAACUAUAGCCCCACCAAAUUAUACCGCAAUGUGCCGAGGUAUCGUUGUCGACCUUCUGCCGAAUCCAGUGGAUUGUACUCAGUUUGUGCUCUGUGUCAUGGGACGGUUUGAGGUAAACCAGUGCGAAGAUGGUCACAUUUUCUAUCCCUCGGUGCGCUUAAAAGCGCGGUUUCGGUGUAACUGCAAAACAUUUGUCACCUGCGGUUCGAACGUCAGGAUGAAGAGAUCUAUAGUACAACUACUAGCUUUGCUGGUGCUAUCAGUAUCGUUCGUAACCGCCCAAAGCAGAGGCUACGAUGAAGUUUGCUUAGGCGCCAACACCACGUACGUGGCAAGUCCGAUCUCGUGCGAGUAUUACUAUCUUUGUCUGGAUGGAACCGCGUACGGAUACAGCUGCGAUGACGGCAAGUGGUUCUCGACGGAACUCCAGGCUUGCGUUUCUCCCGAAGAGUCAGACUGUGAAAUCGAGCAAGCACCGGAACUUCCCACCGCUCCACCACCAACGCCUUCUCCAGUGUGUGACGGUGUUCCUAGUUACACAUAUGUCCGAUCCAUGGAAACCUGCCAGUACUAUUACAUGUGCAUUGAUCAGGUUGCGUACCUGCUGUCCUGCCCUAAGGGAUUCUGGUUCAACCAAGAAGCUCAACGCUGUGGAAACCGCUACGAGUUCGAAUGCGACCUGGAACCAUCAACGCCGACGCCACCUCCUCCACCACCAAAUCCAUGCGCCGACCAGCCAAACUUUGGCUUUAUCCAGGAUCCCAGCUACUGUUACCGUUUCUCGAUGUGCAUGAACGGCUAUCCCUUCCCGAUGGUCUGCUGGGAUGGACUCUGGUUCGACUACGAAGCCCAGACCUGCGUUGAUCCGUCCGAGACGGAGUGUGGUGCCACUACUCCUCCACCGAAUCCACCCCCACCAGCUCCGGAGAUUUGCCGUGACGUAGAGGACGGCCUCCGGGUGCUUCAUUACAGAUUCUGCAACGAAUACUUUACCUGCAACGGUGAGGUAGGAACACCGACCAUUUGUCCCGACGGCGAUUGGUUCGACGAGCAGAGUCAGGCUUGCGUGCACCCGAUGGACGCGUACUGUCCCCACGGCGGCCAGCAGAGACCUCCGACGCCGAACGUGUGCCGUGGUGUGGACGAUGGGGAUCUGGUUCCGGCACCGGACAGCUGUUCGUACUAUUACGUCUGCGCCAACGAGGAGGGCUACCGCGUGGCGUGUCCGCCGGAUCAGUACUUUGAUGUGUACCGUCAGUCGUGCGAGUACAGUGCCAUCUGUAAUUUGUGAAUAUAGGUUCAAUCAAUGUGAAGUUGUAUGACAAUAAAUGCUUGGUUCUAUGUAA